CAGCUCUGAACCCACCGCUCUGCCUCCCCACCGUGAGAAUUUGAGCUGGAGAGCCAGCAUGCCCUGGUAAGUGGAAAUACUGCCACUUCAAGACAUGGAGUCAUCUUUCUCAUUUGGAGUGAUCCUUGCUAUCCUGGCCUCCCUCAUUAUUGCUGCUAAUGCCCUAGUGGUCAUGGCUGUGCUGUCGUUGAUCCACAAGAAUGAUGGUGUCGGUCUCAGCUUCACCUUGAAUCUGGCUGUGGCUGACACCUCGCUUGGCCUGGCAAUCUCUGGCCUAGUCACAGACCAGCUCUCCAGCGCGGCUCGGCCCACACAGAAGACCCUGUGCAGCCUUCAGAUGGCAUUUGUCACUUCUUCUGCAGCUGCCUCUGUCCUCACGGUCAUGCUGAUUGCCUUUGACAGGUACCUUGCCAUCAAGCAGCCCCUCCGCUAUUUCCAGAUCAUGAACGGGCUCAUGGCCGGGGCCUGCAUUGCCGGGCUGUGGUUGGUGUCUUACCUCAUUGGCUUCCUCCCACUCGGGGUCCGCGUAUUCCAGCAGACCGCCUACAAGGGGCCCUGCAGCUUCUUCGCUGUGUUUCACCCGCGCUUCGUGCUGACCCUCUCCUGCGUUGGCUUCUUCCCAGCCCUGCUCCUCUUUGUCUUCUUCUACUGUGACAUACUCAAGAUUGCUUCCAUGCACAGCCAGCAGAUCCGCAAGACAGAGCAUGCAGGAGCCCCAGCCAGGGCUCACCGGCCCCCACGGACCCCCAGUGACUUCAAGGCUGUCCGCACUGUGGCCGUUCUCAUUGGCAGCUUCACUCUGUCCUGGACCCCGUUCCUUAUCACUAGCAUUGUGCAGGUGGCCUGCCAGGAGUGCCACCUCUACCCAGUGCUGGAACGGUAUCUGUGGCUGCUUGGUGUGGGCAACUCCCUGCUCAACCCACUCAUCUAUGCCUAUUGGCAGAAGGAGAUACGGCAACAGUUCUCCCAGAUGGCCCUGGGAAUGAAGAAGGGGCUCGCCGCAUUCCUCCUCCUUCUCUCAGCCAGGGAUGGUGGCCCACAGGGGCCCAGGGAAAGUGCCCGUCACAUCACCACCAUCUCCCACUCAGAGCUUGACGGCUAAGAUGGUAAGGGCAGACAAGUUUCAAAGUGCCCCUCUCUCCCUUCUCAGAGCCCCAGCUAGGAGACCAGGUGGAGCUAGGGAAAAGAGAGCACUUGCUUCCAGCAACUGACCACCCCCUGCACCUCCUUACCUCAGACUGAGAGGUAACUAAGGCAGGGUGCUGACUUCACUCUAUAAUCAGCUUCCCCAUUUGCAAAUCUCCAUUCCUCCCUGCCCUUCUUUUGCAAUGAGUCUGUUUCUCCUGUAGAGGUAUACUUACUCAAAGCAAGAAGUGUACUACUGGAAAGAUGCUUAAACUCAAAUCUUAUUUUUGAAUACACGAGAGCAGCACUGUCUAACAGAAGUCUAAUGCAAGCCACCUAUGUAAUCUUAAAUGUUCUAGUAGUCAUGUUAAAAAGGUAAAAAAAAAAAAAGCAGGCGAAAAUAAUGUUUCAUUUAACUCAAUAUAUCUAAAACAUUAAUUCAACGUGUAAUCAAUAUAAAAGAUUAUUACCCUAUUUUUUUCAUGCCAAAUCUUUGAAGUCUGGUGUGUAUUUUACCCUUAUAGAAUACCUCAAUUCAAACUAGCCAUGUGCCAAUGCUCAAGAGCUACACGUGGCCAGUGGCUAUCAUAUUAGAAAGCACAGCACUAGAGAAAUGAGGUUCUGUUCUUUUUAACUGUGUACUACAGUGAUUGCUUUGGUGAAAUGAGGGGUCCUGCCCUCCCUGAUGUAAAUCAGACAUUUUAUGUAGUGAGGUUGUACGAAUGUAGGAACCUGAAUUAGAUACUAAAGCUUGUCUUUUUCCACACUUCACGGUGUUCAAAACAGUGUUUCUUUGGCGAAUCGCCUGUCUUGUAAUUAUUUCUGC